AAGAGCACCACAGAGAGAAGGCCACAAGGGGACGAAGUGGGCGCCUUCAUAGCAUUUUUUUCUCUGUGCAAAGCUUGAAGAGAGAGAAAUCCAGUGCUAAAAGCCGCUCUUUAAUUUAGCUCACUCGUCUACCUCUUCCUUUCUCUCUGUAACCCAUCCUCUCUCUUUCUCUCGCACACAAAAACCAACAAAGCGUGCCAGUGAUCGAGCAAAGCAAGCGGCAGGGAAUAUAUUUCAAGAAAGGCCUCUCUCUGAUCAGAAGAAGCUCAUGGGCGCCAUGAUGGCCUCCAUAACCAGCGAGCUCCUCUUCUUCCUCCCCUUCGUCCUUCUGGCCCUCCUCACCGCCAAAUGCCACGGCGCGCACCGGUGGCGCCGGUCGAGGAAGAAGCGACCGAACCUGCCCCCGGGCGCCACCGGCUGGCCCUUCAUCGGCGAGACUUUCGGCUACCUCCGCCCCCACCCGGCGACCUCCGUCGGCCAGUUCAUGGAGCAGCACGUCGCACGGUAUGGGAAGGUAUACCGUUCGAACCUGUUCGGGGAGCGGACGGUGGUGUCGGCGGACGCGGGGCUGAACCGGUACAUCCUGCAGAACGAGGGGCGGCUGUUCGAGUGCAGCUACCCGCGCAGCAUCGGCGGCAUCCUGGGCAAGUGGUCCAUGCUGGUGCUCAUCGGCGACGACCACCGCGAGAUGCGCACCAUCUCGCUCAACUUCCUCAGCUCCGUCCGCCUCCGCGCCGUGCUCCUCCCCGAGGUGGAGCGGCACACCCUCCUCGUCCUCCGCUCCUGGCCGCCAUCCCCCUCCUCUCCCGACGCCGCCUUCUCCGCCCAGCACGAAGCCAAGAAGUUCACGUUUAACCUGAUGGCGAAGAACAUAAUGAACAUGGACCCGGGGGAGGAGGAGACGGAGCGGCUGCGGCGGGAGUACAUCACCUUCAUGAAGGGGGUCGUGUCCGCGCCGCUCAACUUCCCGGGGACGGCCUACUGGAAGGCGCUCAAGUCUCGUGCUACCAUACUUGGAGUAAUAGAGAGGAAAAUGGAAGAGAGGGUUCAGAAAAUGAGCAAGGAGAACUCAAGUGUAGAGGAAGAUGAUCUUCUUGGAUGGGCCCUGAAGCAAUCUAAUCUCUCAAAAGAACAGAUCCUGGACCUUUUGCUCAGCCUGCUCUUCGCCGGGCAUGAGACGUCAUCAAUGGCGCUGGCCCUCGUCAUCUUCUUCCUUGAAGGAUGCCCUAAGGCUGUCCAAGAACUCCGGGACGAGCAUCUUGAGAUUGCUAGGAGACGAAGGCUAAGAGGAGAGUCCAAAUUGAGCUGGGAAGACUACAAGGAGAUGGUUUUCACACAAUGCGUUAUAAAUGAGACAUUGCGGCUAGGCAACGUGGUCAGGUUCCUGCACCGGAAAGUCAUCCGGGAUGUGCACUACAACGGGUAUGACAUUCCACGCGGAUGGAAAAUUCUGCCGAUAUUAGCGGCGGUUCAUCUCGAUUCGGCCUUGUACGAAGACCCCAAUAGCUUCAACCCUUGGAGAUGGAAGGGCAACGCGCCCAGCAGCUUCAUGCCGUACGGCGGCGGCACGCGGCUGUGCGCCGGGUCGGAGCUUGCCAAGCUGGAGAUCGCCAUCUUCGUGCACCACCUGGUGCUCAACUUCCGGUGGGAGCUCGCCGAGCCGGACCAGGCCUUCGUGUACCCCUUCGUCGACUUCCCCAAGGGCCUCCCCAUCAGGGUCCGUAGAAUUGCACAGGAAGAAGAGUAAAUAUAACGCAGUGGUAUAUCUAGGGAGGAGUACAGAGGAAACGUACCCGUUUCGUUGCUUCUUUUAGGGGGGGGGGGGGGUCUGUGUUUAUGUAGAAAGUGGUAAACAACAUAGGAUAUGUAGAGUAAAAAUGGCUGGAAAAAUAGAGGACAUCUAGCCUUUUUUAUUUUUUAAAUAAAAAUGCAAAUAUAUAAGUCCGUUUUGUGAAAAUUGUAAAUCUAAACUUCUAUUGUUUGAGUUGAAUUUUUUGGAGAGUUAAAUAAUAGCAUCCUCUACACCAUAGAAUUGUUUCUAAAAAAUUUUAUUACUAUUUCGAUAGUGUUUUGAAUUUUGAAAGCCCCAAGAGACAUGCACAAAUUUGGCCUCAUUUCAUCAUACCUUUAGUCUUAUAAAUAGCCUUUGUGUCAAACAAAAACGCUCCUCUCUAUAGAACAAAUGACAACAAGUCCAGAGGAAGAACGUACAGGCAAAAAAAUUCCAAUGUGCUGGUCUACAUUCUCCAUGAAAUUCACAUUAGUCUUACAAGUAUUUUGCAGAAAAGCUAGAAUGAUUCUCACAUGAUUCAAAAACCAGGUGAAGGUUAGCUAGAGCCUAUAUGUGCCAUGGCCGCCCUCCAAUGUUGCAAGUCCUUAAACAAAAUAUUGAACAAUGAGAAGGACCCUUUUUUUACUUUAAGAUCAAGAAGUGCUAUGAUUGAGACAACAAGGUGAAGGUUAGCAAAAUCCUUUCGUCUCAAAGGAAAAAUCCCUCCUGCCAGCAAUCAAAGCCAGUACAUAAACAAACUAAAAAUAGGACAACACCUUUCUAGAAGCCGUAUAAACCUUUUUUUACUCAUAGGCACACAUCACCACAUGCACAUACUCAUAUAGCGUCAAAAAAACAAAAAUACAAAAACUUAAAUAUUAUCGAAGUUACCAAAACUCUCACUUUCAAACGGUACAUCGCCUAUCAGCGAGCAAAUCCAAUACGCGAGCAAACUAAAAAUGGGUCAACACCUUUCUAGAAGCCGCAUGAAACUUUUUCUAGAAAUAUCAAUAUAACUUAUAGGUGUACUCCACCACACGCAUAUACUCAUAUAAUAUUUACUGAAGAAAAAAAAUACAAAACUUAAAAGAUUGAUGAAGUUACCAAAAUUCAGCCAUAAGCCACGAAAAGCUCAAUAAGGGCUGAAAAUAACAGCAAAAAGCGUUGCAAAAAUGGCCAUAGCCCAUGACCCAAGCGAUGCUGGCUAAAGCGGGUUCCAAAAUCUACAGCGGCCCAUAACCUGAGAGGCCCAACUGGCCCAGUUUGAGACUGGCACCAAUCAGGAUCUCCCACCGUUGCAGCCAGCCAGCCAGCCACAACGCUUUCAUCUGCGUUUCCUCCCACAAAGGAUCCCAGAAACUCAAUGACGCAUGCAGUGACGCUAAUUCCCCGCAAGUGGCGGUCGCCCCACGGCAUCGACGUGUCACCGCCAACAACCCUCCGACACGUGCUCGUCAUCCUGCCUGUCCGAAUCGAACCGCCUCAUCCUGGCCGUCGGAUUCCCCUAACCGGGCGAUAAAUACCUAUGCUUCGCCUGCUAAUACUUUCCCACCAACAAGCCCUAGCCACGUUAAUCUAGAAGUCGCCGGGUUCCUCCGCCUAACGUCAAUCCCCUUCCCUUCUAGAUCCGGAUCUCGCCGAAAUCCCGAAACAACUUUCCCUAUUUGAUCUGUCCCUGCGAUUUCCCGGAUCGACAACGGAACGGUGAAUCUUUCUCUGUUGUUCAUUUGUGCGAAGCGUGCGUUGGUUUUGUGUUGCGCAGGUCCCCAUCUGAUGGCUGGGCUGCUCGUGCGACGACCUGAAGAGAGAUGUGCGGAAGCUGCGGAUAUGCUUGUUUGGGCGUGCUGGAUCUGGGAUCGAUCUGACGCGUCUCGGCGGGAUUGGUAUUCUCCGAGCGGAUUUGUGGCGUUGAAGAUUACCGAAGCGUCGUAUGGCAGGAUUUCUGGUUCCCUUGCGCCCCACCUUGCGUGAUGAUGUUUCUGGAUGAAGUUUGGAUAAUUAUUAGAUCUGAGAUAUGUUGCUCAGAGCGAGCCGUGCCGAGCUGAAGGCAAGGUAAGGUAAACUGGUAAAGCAUGUAACAAGCGACUUGUCGAGAGGCCCAAAAAAAAGGUCGAAGAGGGGAAAAAGAGUAGAAAAGAAGAGAUGUGACAUCUUAUAGAGGUCUUUGCCAUGAUGGGUGCGCUCGCAUGGCAGACCACCGUAAUAAAGAUGUUAGUUUUGUGUCCUGGGGGGAGAUCGCACGGGGGCAUCUUUCUUAAUCCCCGGGUUCUCCCCUUUUGUGUCCCUGUGUCCUUCCGCUUGCGCUCGUCUUGCGAGUUGCGUCCAACUACAACUUUCGGCAUGCGACAAUUUAACAAGGAGCUACAGCGCUACACCCCAAGCUAGAUGAAGAUCUGUUAGAGUCUACAGCAAUGAUGUGUGGAGCGGUGCCGUUGGUGGCUAUUGUUUCUUAUGGAUGCUGGUCUCAUUGGUGGCUGCUGGAUGUCUGGAGGCUACACAGAAGUGCUACCUAGUGGUCUCAAACAGCCUCCGCCAAUCUAGAUGUUCGUGACCGAUGCGGGUCAUAGUUGGUAUCGUUCUGCACCAAGUGUUUGUGGUGAUGGUCGACUGUACAAUUUUGUGUGCAAGGAUGUACAUUCUGAGGUAGUCUACAUCUGAAUGGUGCUGGAAGGGUCGUUUUAUCUGGACAUUAUUACGUAGCCAGUUGAGGUUGGCAGCACUUAACGUGGAGGCCUUUCGUUAUUAUCUACCUGGAACAGAAAUUUGGACGAUGUAUGAAGGUAUAUGUGCUUAAUCGUAUUUUUACACAAUUGCAUUCUGA